AUGUCAACCGAGUUCUCUCAACCACAGCAACAGAAUCCGCAGCACAUAGAAUUGAUGUAUAGGUCAUCCCAACCACCGCUCACUGGGGAAUACCUUGAUACUGCUGAAUAUCAUACAUCUACAUCAACAGAUCAAUCACCGCUCCCCACUACGCCAUCUCCGCCGGAUCAAGCACGUACAUCCUCCGUAACCACACAAACUCAGGCCGAUCAACCUUACUAUGUGAAUGCUAAACAAUACCAUCGCAUUUUGAAGCGAAGAAUAGCGAGAGCAAAACUCGAAGAAAAUUUAAAGAUUCAGCGUGGACGCAAGCCUUAUCUACACGAAUCUAGACACAAACAUGCCAUGCGCAGACCAAGAGGCCAGGGCGGUCGAUUUUUGACCGCUGCAGAGAUUGCUGAAAAAGAACGAUUGGAAAAGCUGGAAGACAUGCAAAAAAACAACGAACAACUAAACCAGAAUCAAAAACACGAAGACUCCGGAGGAAAUGUCGAAUGA